GAUAACAUAAACCGUGGUGGUUGGUGCCCAAGGUGAAGAAAGCCGGCAUUGCCGGGUUACCUUCAGAGCCGAACUUCGUGGACUGAAACUGCGUUUUGAGGAUGCAUUGUUUUCAGCGGCAAAACCGGUUUCUUAAUUUCUGACCUCCCGGUUUCUCCUCAUCCUUUACGCCUGCAGCCACACCUCUGCUGUCCUCUUACCUACUGACACACAGAUUGGUGAGCUGGGAUUAAGGAGCUGCUCUAAUGUAACGUCCCACCAAAACCUGGUUAUCCUAGAAGUUAAUUUGCAUCUUAUCAGUGGGGAACUAGAAGUGUUUGGAAAAGGAUGAAAGCAAAUCCAUAAUGAAACUGUUUUCCAGGUUUGGAAAAGAAACAUUACUGGGGAGGAAUCCAAUGAAUUUAUUAAUGAGCUCAGAACAAGUCACUGAGUCAGCUGACACCACUGAGUCCUUUUCAAGCAAAAUCUACUAUGGUUAGCAAUGUGCAGUUCCAGCAGGAAAUAUCCAUGGCACCUCUGAAACCAAUUAGAAGGAAGGGGAAUGAUCAGGGUGUAACUCCUCAAACACAGCUCCAAGAAAAGAAACAAUGUUACCGCAGGGAUGAUGCCAGCGGCUGCGGAAGGCACUACAGGGUAUCCCUAGUUCCUUGAGAGUGCACCAAAUACUGGAUGCUUGUGGUAAACCAUGGCAGCUGAUGAUAAAGUUGCCAUUUUAACCGAUGAUGAAGAAGAACAGAAGCGAAAGUAUGUGCUUGCUGAUCCUUUCAAUGGCAUUUCCAAGGAUCAAGACCUGCCACCCCAUAACGAAUCCCCUUCAACGGAGACAACCACUGUCGCAGAUGAAGAGCUAGAUUGGUUAGAAAAGCACUGCGUCAAAAUAAACAAUGAUCUUCUGAUCUCAAAGGUCUUUUAUUUUUUCUUCUAUUCUGCAUAUGGCUCUCUCUACCCCUUGCUGCCUGUGUAUUACAAGCAGCUGGGUAUGUCACCCAGUCAGAGUGGACUUCUGGUGGGCAUCAGGUACUUUAUUGAGUUUUGCAGUGCUCCCUUCUGGGGAGUGGUGGCAGAUCGCUUCAAGAAAGGGAAGAUUGUCCUCCUCUUUUCACUUUUAUGCUGGGUUUUAUUUAACCUGGGGAUUGGAUUUGUUAGACCAGCCACCUUAAGAUGCGUACCAAAGGGCCUUCCCCCAGCCCAUCCCACCAAUGCAAGCAGCCUUUUAACAACAGUUUUGCAAAACACUUCGAUGUCUCCUCUGCUAACCACAGUGAGUACUGCAUCCCCAAAAGUUCGUGGGAAGAGCGACCUGCUCACUUCCAACCCAGUCACUUUGGAAACAACAGGGACAGCUAAUCCUGAAAUGACAUUCCUGUUACCUACACAGAGCAAUGAUGUGGAGUUUGUCUUGGAAAACAGUACCUAUUUUAUUUUGAAAAACACCACCACUAGCCCAGUCUCACCAGGAAAUGCGACUCCAAGUACCACUCCAGCUGCCAUCACCACAAAGCCGAUGCCUUCUGACCAAGCUGUGCUCGUUUAUGAUCAACAAGAAGUAGAAGCCAUCUUUCUACUCAUUCUGCUGGUUGUCAUAAUAGGAGAAUUUUUCAGUGCUUCCUCUGUUACUAUUGUGGACACUGUAACUCUGCAGUACCUUGGCAAACACAGGGACAGGUAUGGAUUGCAGCGUAUGUGGGGGUCUCUGGGCUGGGGGCUGGCCAUGCUCUCUGUGGGAAUUGGCAUUGACUAUACCCAUACAGAAGUUGGCAUUGAAGGUCAAGGAUGUAAAGCUCCUGAGUACAAGAACUACAGGAUAGUUUUCAUCGUUUUUGGUGUUCUCAUGACAAUGGCAUUAAUUGUGGCCACCCAGUUUCGAUUUCAUUAUGCGCACUUCAAGCAAGACGAAAAUAAGAGAAAAGAGGUAGAAAUCUCACAGGUGGACAGAAGUGCCUCCAAUGAAUCCUCCGAUAACACUCCUACCAGUACGAGCCAGUCGCAGUCUUUCAGUUUUUGGGACCUUAUAAAACUGCUGUGUAGUAUCCAGUAUGGCUCAGUCCUCUUCGUGGCGUGGUUCAUGGGGUUUGGAUAUGGCUUUGUGUUCACCUUUCUUUACUGGCACUUGGAAGACCUGAAUGGCACCACCACUCUCUUUGGUGUUUGUUCUGUCCUCAGUCACGUGUCUGAGCUGACUGCCUACUUCUUCAGCCACAAGUUGAUAGAAUUGGUUGGUCAUAUCAGAGUGCUUUAUAUUGGUCUUGCCUGUAAUACAGCUCGAUACAUUUACAUCUCGUAUCUGGAAAACGCCUGGACUGUUCUUCCAAUGGAAGUACUUCAAGGUGUCACGCACGCGGCUAUAUGGGCAGCUUGUAUUUCGUACCUUAGCGCGGCAGUGCCUCCGGAGCUGAGAACGUCAGCCCAGGGAAUCCUGCAAGGUCUCCACUUGGGUCUGGGCAGAGGAUGCGGGGCUAUGGUUGGCGGGGUUUUGGUCAAUUACUUCGGUCCUGCGGCCACAUUCAGAGGAAUAGGGAUGGCUUGUUUAGUGAUUCUUCUUCUAUUUGCACUGAUCCAGUGGCUGUUGGUUCCUGAUGAAGAAGAAGAAAAGACAAUGCUGGCGGAAAGGAUCCCAGUGCCUUCCAGUCCUGUUCCCAUAGCAACUAUUGACCUUGUACAACAGCAAUCAGAAGAUACCAUGCCUCGGACUGAGCCCAGGCUCCCUCUAAAGAAAACUAAACACCAAGAAGAGCAAGAGGAUGUGAACAAGCCUGCCUGGGGCAUCAGCUCUUCUCCUUGGGUUACCUUAGCUUAUGCUGUCUACCAGAUAAAAGAGAUGGUUAAACUGUCUAAAACCAAUCCAGCUCCUGAGAAUCAGCCUUUGCAGUUAGGAAAAGAGAUGGAAGAAAAUCAAUGAGAAUUGCAGUGCUUCAUCAGCCAGCUCAGCAAGACAACCCCAAAAUCCGACAGAUUCUGGGCAGUCCAGAAAUUGUUCAGCACCAACACCUACAGCAACAUCAGAUUCCCAAGUAGAUGGCGACCACAUUGUGUUGGAUCAUGAUGCUCAUCCUGCUGCUGCAGGGCCCUGAGAUGCGCUCAUCUUAUCAAAUCCAGUGCAUGGAAUUCUGCUUCUCACCUGGGAAACGCUGGAGUAGGAGCUCAAAAGUAGGACUUACUUCAUCUUAACAAUCAUAAUGUGAUGCAGUGCAAGCUUUUAACUAUAUAAAGAAUAUUCAUAUGACUACACAGAGCAACAUGAGCAGGAAAGCCAAAAGUUCGGAAUUCUUGAGGGAAGUGAUGUGGCCAGAUCUAACGAUAGGAAGAAUUCUUGGCUGCUUUGCUAAAGCUGAGUCAAAUGCGAUGAGAUUUCUUUGCAAUCUGUAGAAAGAGGGAGUUCACUCCUCACUUGUUGAGGAACAGAGUGUCUGACUUGAUUGGGUAAUUUUCUUCUUUGAAUUUGUUCCCAGGACAAAAUGAAAAGGCUUUUUAGGAGAGAAACGGGGUUUCCCUGCAUAGUCUAUUAGAAUAUAUCAGAUCAAAUAAAUAUAGGAACAGCAUGAAACUGUCUCUGUAAAGAUUUCUCAGAAACAGUGUAGCUUUAGGAAGCGUGUCUUCAUAUUAUGGUGAUGGAUAAAGUAAAACUCACACAUAUUCAAAGAAUAUGUCUUUGAAGCUAAUGUUAUCUUGUUUGAGAUAAAGGUUUAGUUCUGCAAAGCAAAGAUUUUGAACUGGCAUUUUAGUGAAACAAAAAAGCUGGAGGAAGGCUUCUGAAGAAGUUAACCUCUGCACUUGCAGCCCUUCGCUUGGGCAUAGGUUGUGUGCGUUUGGGUAAUUUUAGGUUUGAUGUUGUAUUGAGACAAGAAUCUUUGAUCAAGAUUGCACAACCUGGGAUUGAUCAAGGGUUUCAAUGGACACACUGUCUUUUUGGUUUAUUAUUUCAUCAUCUAUACAAUGGUUUAUUUAAUGCAGUGUAGUUACUGUGGUUAUUUAUUAAGAAAACAGUAAGCUUUAAGUGCCUAGGGAAGGUGGGGGGUAGGGAGGAAUCACCUAAAAAUCUAAUGAUUAGGAUUAUAGGGGCAAAGCUGUUGACGCAGAAAAUAAGUGGAGUGAGAGAUUCUCAGGAGGAAGCAAACGUAACUAAAUUGCAGUAUGUUUAGGAAAUUACUUUGCCCAAUGUCAAGACACUGGAAGAUUCUGGAUUAUGUUUUGUUAUACUUUUCAAUAUUAACUGCAGCCAGCUCACUUGCUGGUGUCUACUGAAAAUUGCUGCUGGAGGGAAAUCCUUGGGCUCAGGGAGGAGUCUGGGGGGUUUAGUCAGGAUAGUGUUUUGGCCCAUUUGCUUAUAUUAACAGCUUGUUCCUGGGAGAUUCUGAGCACUCAGCUUCUACGGGACUGAGUGAGCGCUGCUCAGCCCUCCUUGAAAUCAGAUGUAUGUGAUGUGUCAGGCCUUCCAUGGGGAAGGUGCGUGCUGUGGGACUGUACAGUGAUCCAGAGGCAAGACUAACAGGAGGACAGGGUUAGGGGAGAGGAAGAUGGCAGCAGCUAAGCAGGAAAGGGGGUGCACAGUUUUACCCACUUUGACAUCCAAUCGGCUUGACUGAAGGGGUGUCCCAUAGCUGUGCUUUAGCUGUGCUUUCAGAACAACCCAUGUUCUGGUGGUGCCUGGGACCAACACCGUAGACAAUAGAAAGAAACAUCGAUGACUAGCCACUAGUUAAGUUUUUUGCACUUGAACUUAAAUGUACUGUACUCACGUAAAUCCUCAUGACUUGUCUAAGUGUCCUUUAAAAUCAGAAAUGUAUUUAUUGUAUGUUUGUAUAACCUGGGGGAGAACUAAAGAGUGAACUGGUGACAGGACAGAAGGAUGCUAAAAAUCAUCUUGAGACAAACCAACCACUUGUUGAGUUCAUGCUGUAUGGUGUUACCUCAGCUGCUACUGCAUAGCACCUGGAUUGUGAGGUGAAGAGCUUGUACACUGUGUUUACACUUCAGAAUUGUGUAUUUGAAAUGCCUGCUCUUUUUGGAAUUGUAUAGUCAUUCUAUGUUGCAAAACGGACAUGUACACCUGGGUUUUGAUAUUUGUGAAACUGUAAAAACUGUGGUAAGAAAUACAAAAUAUCCAUAAUGUA